GUGCGAGAAGCUGAGGAAGGGAAGGGAAGUGCGGCGGGGCUUUGGAGCCGGGCGCUCGGGGGCUUUGGGGCCGAGCUGCUGGGAAAGGCGGCUUUCGGUUGGCGAGCGGCAACGCCGUGCGUCGGGGUCGGCGAGAAAGACUGCGAGCCAUGGGGGCCGCUGGGAAAGGCCGGCUGUGGCGGAGAGGGACGGCGAGCGGGAGACGGAGCGGCGGCGGCGGCGAGAGGCAAGUGCUGCUGUGGCUCGUGUGCGUUUGCGUGUGGGAGAGCGGGGCCGAAACGCUGCGCUAUUCGGUGGCGGAGGAAAUGGCGAGGGACUCGUUGGUGGGCAACGUCGCCCAGGACCUGGGGCUUUCUCCGAGCCAGCUCGCGGCUCGCAAGGCGCGCGUGGUGUCCGAGGGGAGCGAGCAGCAUUUCCGCCUCGAUCCGCAUAGCGGCGUCCUGACGGUCACGGAGACGCUGGACCGAGAGCGGAUCUGUCCGCACAGCGAGAGCUGCGCGCUCUUGUUUAAGCUUUUCUUUGAGAACCCGGUGCAGCUGAUCCGCGGGGAGGUGGAGGUUCGGGACGUGAACGACCACUCCCCCGUGUUCAGGAAAAGGGGCGUUGAUUUAAGGAUUCCUGAAUUGGCAUCUCUGGGAUCCCGUUACCCUCUUGAAAGGGCACAGGAUGAGGACGUUGGGAUCAACGGCUUGCAGAAUUACAGCCUCUCCCCAAACUCGCAUUUCUCCCUUGCUCUCGAAAAAGGGAAAGAUGGAGGCAAAUACGCGGAGCUCGUCCUGCAGAAGCCUUUGGACCGCGAGGAGCAGCGGGAGCUGCAUUUGGUGCUCACGGCCACGGACGGGGGCUCGCCGCCCAGGUCGGGCACGGCUCAGGUCCGGGUGGUGGUGCUGGAUGCCAACGACAACAUGCCGGUGUUCUCGCGGGAGGUGUACGAGGUGCGCGUGGCCGAGAACAGCCCCCCGGGGCAGCUGGUGGUCCGGGUGUCAGCCGUGGAUCCCGACGAAGGCUCCAACGGCAAAGUGCGGUACGAGUUCACUGAGAUGUCAGAGAGGUCCAGCCAACUGUUUCAGCUGAACCCUGAGAGCGGGGAGAUUCGGUUAUUGGGUAAUUUGGAUUACGAAGAAGAAAAAUUCCUCGAGCUCGUGGUGAGAGCCACAGACGGGGGUGGUCUGUCUGCGCACUGCAGAGUGCACGUGGAGGUGCUGGACGUGAACGACAACGCGCCGGAGAUGGCGCUGAGCUCCGUGAGCGCCUCCAUCCCCGAGGACGCCCCGCCCCGCACCGUGGUGGCCCUGCUGAGCGUGCGGGACCGCGACUCCGGCGACAACGGGCGGACGGAGUGCGCCAUCGAGGGCGACGUGCCGUUCAGCCUGACGGCCGCUUUCGCCAACCACUACGAGCUGCGCACCAGCGCGGCCCUGGACAGGGAGACGACGGCCGAGUACAACGUGAGCAUCGUGGCCACGGACUGGGGCCGGGCGCGGCUGAGCGCUCGCGAAAGCGUGUCGGUGCGCAUCGCCGACGUGAACGACAACGCGCCGCGCUUCACGCAGGCGGCGUACAGCAUGUCGGUGAGCGAGAACGAGGCGGGCGCGGUGCGGAUCGGCAGCGUGAAGGCGACGGACGCGGACGCGGGCGCGAACGGGCGCGUGAGGUACGCGCUGGUGCGGGAGGAGGGCGAGGAGCGGCCCGCCGUGUCGGUGGACGCCGAGAGCGGGGCCGUGUCCGUCGUGCGGCCGCUGGACUACGAGGAGGUGCGCGCCGUGGAGGUGACGGUGCGCGCCGCCGACGGGGGCUCGCCGCCGCGGAGCGCCACGGCGCUGCUGCGGGUGCUGGUGCGGGACGAGAACGACAACGCGCCCGUGGUGCUGCACCCGCCGGCCGACGGCGGCGCGGCGCUGGGCGAGCUGGUGCCGCGGCGGGCGCGGGCGGGCUACCUGGUGGCCAAGGUGGUGGCGGUGGACGCGGACGCGGGGCAGAACGCGUGGCUGUGCUACGAGCUGGCCAAGGCGACGGAGCCGGGGCUGUUCCGCGUGGGGCUGCACAGCGGCGAGGUGCGCACGGCGCGGGCCGUGGGCGAGCGCGACGCGGCCCGGCACAGGCUGGUGGUGCUGGUGCGGGACCGCGGGCGGCCGCCGCGCUCCGCCAGCGCCACCCUCGCCGUCGCCCUGGCCGACGGCUUCUCGGAAGGCCACCUGCGGGCGAGCGAAGAGGCGCCGGCCGCCGAGCCCGACGGCCGCCUCACCCUCUACCUCAGCGUCUGCUUGGCCUGCGUGUCCGCGCUCUUCGUGGCCGGCGCGGCGGCCGCCGUGGCCGCCAAGGUGCGGCGGGCCCGGCGGGGCGAGCCGGGGACCUUGCCCACCUUCCCGCAGUCCGCCGCCGACAGCAGCGCCGGCUCCCUGCCCCGCAGCUACGUCUACGACGUCCGCCUCGCCGCCGGCACCGUCAACAGCGAGUUCCGCUUCCUCGGGCCGCUCUUGCCCUGCUUCCCCGCCGGGCUGCCGCAGGGCGCGGCCGAGCAGCGGAGCUCGCUCUGCUCGGCCGGCCUCGGGCAAGAAGAAGGCGACUGGGCUGUGCAGGGCCGAGCUCCCCUCUCUGAAGGCACGGCUCCCGGGGCAGCAGAGGAGAAUGCCAGUUUGGAUCAAAGCUCCUGGCUCAGCCAUCAGAGCCACCAGGAGUACUGUGUCCAGGAGGAACGGAGAUGCGAACCUCCAAGUCCACCCACAUGGGCAGCGGUGCUCGGAACGCGGAGGAGGAGCAAUUCCCCGUUGCGCCGCUGGGUGGGGAUGUUGGCCACGAAGCGGCAGCUCCCGCUGGCCGCAGCGCGCUUGCAGGCGCAGGCGCCCAGAAGGGCCGUGCGAGCUGCUGGGGAAGGGAAGGGAAGGGCGGCGGGGCACGGAGCCGGGCGCUCGGAGGCUUUGGGGCCGAGCUGCUGGGAAAGGCGGCUUUCGGUUGGCGAGCGGCAGCGCCGUGCGUCGGGGCCGGCGAGAAAGGCUGCGAGCAUGAAAGGCCGGCUGUGGCGGAGAGGGACGGCGAGCGGGAGACGGAACGGCGGCGGCGGCGAGAGGCAAGUGCUGCUGUGGCUCGUGUGCGUUUGCGUGUGCGAGAGCGGGGCCGAAACGCUGCGCUAUUCGGUGGCGGAGGAAAUGGCGAGGGACUCGUUGGUGGGCAACGUCGCCCAGGACCUGGGGCUUUCUCCGAGCCAGCUCGCGGCUCGCAAGGCGCGCGUGGUGUCCGAGGGGAGCGAGCAGCAUUUCCGCCUCGAUCCGCAUAGCGGCGUCCUGACGGUCACGGAGACGCUGGACCGAGAGCGGAUCUGUCCGCACAGCGAGAGCUGCGCGCUCUUGUUUAAGCUUUUCUUUGAGAACCCGGUGCAGCUGAUCCGCGGGGAGGUGGAGGUUCGGGACGUGAACGACAACUCCCCCGUGUUCUCCAAGAAAGAGACAAUUCUAGAGAUUCUUGAAACGGCAUCUCCUGGGACUCGGUUCCCACUGCAAAGAGCGCGGGAUAAGGACGUGGGGAUCAACGGUUUACAGAAUUACAGCCUCUCCCCAAACUCGCAUUUCUCCCUUGCUCCCGAGAAAGGAGAGGAUGGAGAUAAAUACGCGGAGCUCGUCCUGCAGAGGCCUUUGGACCGCGAGGAGCAGCGGGAGCUGCAUUUGGUGCUCACGGCCACGGACGGGGGCUCGCCGCCCAGGUCGGGCACGGCCCAGGUCCGGGUGGUGGUGCUGGAUGCCAACGACAACAUGCCGGUGUUCUCGCGGGAGGUGUACGAGGUGCGCGUGGCCGAGAACAGCCCCCCGGGGCAGCUGGUGGUCCGGGUGUCGGCCGCGGAUCCCGACGAAGGCUCCAACGGCAAAGUGCGGUACGAGUUCACUGAGAUGUCCGACCAGUCCGUUCAACUCUUCGACCUGAACGCAGCCACCGGAGAGAUUCGGGUCUCGGGAACGGUUGAUUUCGAGGAUGCGAAAGCUCACAAGCUGGUAGUGAGAGCGAUUGAUGGCGGUGGUCUGUCUGCGCACUGCAGAGUGCACGUGGAGGUGCUGGACGUGAACGACAACGCGCCGGAGAUCGCGCUGAGCUCCGUGAGCGCCUCCAUCCCCGAGGACGCCCCGCCCCGCACCGUGGUGGCCCUGCUGAGCGUGCGGGACCGCGACUCCGGCGACAACGGGCGGACGGAGUGCGCCAUCGAGGGCGACGUGCCGUUCAGCCUGACGGCCGCUUUCGCCAACCACUACGAGCUGCGCACCAGCGCGGCCCUGGACAGGGAGACGACGGCCGAGUACAACGUGAGCAUCGUGGCCACGGACUGGGGCCGGGCGCGGCUGAGCGCUCGCGAAAGCGUGUCGGUGCGCAUCGCCGACGUGAACGACAACGCGCCGCGCUUCACGCAGGCGGCGUACAGCAUGUCGGUGAGCGAGAACGAGGCGGGCGCGGUGCGGAUCGGCAGCGUGAAGGCGACGGACGCGGACGCGGGCGCGAACGGGCGCGUGAGGUACGCGCUGGUGCGGGAGGAGGGCGAGGAGCGGCCCGCCGUGUCGGUGGACGCCGAGAGCGGGGCCGUGUCCGUCGUGCGGCCGCUGGACUACGAGGAGGUGCGCGCCGUGGAGGUGACGGUGCGCGCCGCCGACGGGGGCUCGCCGCCGCGGAGCGCCACGGCGCUGCUGCGGGUGCUGGUGCGGGACGAGAACGACAACGCGCCCGUGGUGCUGCACCCGCCGGCCGACGGCGGCGCGGCGCUGGGCGAGCUGGUGCCGCGGCGGGCGCGGGCGGGCUACCUGGUGGCCAAGGUGGUGGCGGUGGACGCGGACGCGGGGCAGAACGCGUGGCUGUGCUACGAGCUGGCCAAGGCGACGGAGCCGGGGCUGUUCCGCGUGGGGCUGCACAGCGGCGAGGUGCGCACGGCGCGGGCCGUGGGCGAGCGCGACGCGGCCCGGCACAGGCUGGUGGUGCUGGUGCGGGACCGCGGGCGGCCGCCGCGCUCCGCCAGCGCCACCCUCGCCGUCGCCCUGGCCGACGGCUUCUCGGAAGGCCACCUGCGGGCGAGCGAAGAGGCGCCGGCCGCCGAGCCCGACGGCCGCCUCACCCUCUACCUCAGCGUCUGCUUGGCCUGCGUGUCCGCGCUCUUCGUGGCCGGCGCGGCGGCCGCCGUGGCCGCCAAGGUGCGGCGGGCCCGGCGGGGCGAGCCGGGGACCUUGCCCACCUUCCCGCAGUCCGCCGCCGACAGCAGCGCCGGCUCCCUGCCCCGCAGCUACGUCUACGACGUCCGCCUCGCCGCCGGCACCGUCAACAGCGAGUUCCGCUUCCUCGGGCCGCUCUUGCCCUGCUUCCCCGCCGGGCUGCCGCAGGGCGCGGCCGAGCAGCGGAGCUCGCUCUGCUCGGCCGGCCUCGGGCAAGAAGAAGGCGACUGGGCUGUGCAGGGCCGAGCUCCCCUCUCUGAAGGCACGGCUCCCGGGGCAGCAGAGGAGAAUGCCAGUUUGGAUCAAAGCCCCUGGCUCAGCCAUCAGUAAGGGAGGAGAAGGAGCAGAAUCUCGGUCCCCGUGGGCUGAUGUCUUCGUAGUGAAAUGAAGGAGAGACCAAACACGCACCAAAAAUGUACCAGGAAAAUGCUGUACUGCUGUGUGAGAGAGCAAGGACACUCCUGUUAACCAGUCCUCCAUGUAUUUAUUCUGAACCCUUGAUAGGUCUGCAGGGUGUUGCAUGCUGCAAACACUGAGCCUUGUUACCUAAUGAUUGUAGUGCUGUUGUUCCUAAGUAUUAAGUGAAUGGGAAUAAAAAGUUGGAUGGGGGCCUUGGGCAGCCUGGUCUAGUAUUAAAUGGGGAGGUUGGUGGCCAUGCCUGUUGCAGAGGUGUUGCAGAUUCAUGAUCCCUGAGGUCCCUUCCAACCUGGGCCAUUCUGUGAUUCUCUAAUAUUCAAGGUAUUGUUUUCCUACGUGUGUUUUUAUGCAUUGUUUUGUUGUUGUUGUUGUUGUCAGGUGGGCUCUGUAAUAUUGUAAUCUAUUCAAUGCCAGGUUGUGAAUCUAUUGAUCAAAGCUGAAUGUUUCCAGCAAAAGUAUUCUUGAAUGACACUGGGAAGCUGGCUGCCUUUGAGAUGACUGACGUUCACACUGUGCACAUGCAAUGAGGAGUUCCCGGGUUUUGUAUGUUGUACCGGGUGGUCUUUGAGCACUGUAUUUGGUUUUGGAUUGGUUUGAUUUCUUUCUCAACAUGAAGUCUAAAUGAAUGGUUCUAGAGCAUUUCAGGAUUAUGGAAUAUAGAUAUGAAGAGAUAAUAAAAUCUUCAAAGCCA